GACCAGAUAUGACGUGUAACUCUCAUCGUCUUUUUAAUGGCAGCUUACACAUUGGCCACGCUUUCGUUCUAAAACAACAUUUUCCACCUCUUUUUUUAUUACACAUCACUUUAAUAAUAUCCAACCAUGCCCGGAAGACAAAACAACAAACUACCGAACAAUUUACCGCAACUCCAGAAUCUGAUUAAAAGGGAUCCGCAGUCUUACGUUGAGGAGUUUCUUCAGCAAUACCGCCACUAUCAGUCCAAUGUGGAAAUAUUUAAACUACAGCCUGACAAACCCAACAAGGAGCUGGCAGAUCUCGUCAUGUUUCUGUCUCAGGUCGCUCACUGCUACGUGGAGCAGCUGUCAGCCUUUCCUCGGGAGCUGUCUGAGUUGUUGAUGAGUUGCCACACAGUUCUGGAGCCAGAUCUGCGAAUGACGUUCUGUAAAGCGCUGAUUCUUCUGAGGAAUAAAGAUUUGAUCGACCCAACUGAACUCCUAGAGCUCUUCUUUGAGCUGCUGAGAUGUCAUGACAAACUACUGAGGAAGACCCUGUACACACACAUUGUAUCAGAUAUCAAAAACAUCAACGCAAAACACAAAAACAACAAGGUCAACACUACGCUGCAGAACUUCAUGUACACCAUGCUGAGAGACAGCAAUCCCAUCGCAGCAAAGAUCUCUUUAGAUGUGAUGGUGGAGCUGUACAAGAGAAAUGUGUGGAACGAUGCCAAAACAGUGAAUGUUAUUACAACGGCAUGCUUCUCAAAGGUGACAAAGAUUCUUGUUGCAGGCAUGAAGUUCUUUCUUGGUAAAGAUGAAGAUGAAAAGAAUGGGAGUGAUUCAGAAUCUGAGGACGAGGGAACAUCCUCGAGAGACCUGAUGGUGAGAUACGCCACAGGCAAGAAAACUUCCAAAAACAAGAAGAAGCUGGAAAAGGCUAUGAAAGUUCUCAAGAAACACAAGAAAAAGAAGAAAGUGGAAGUUUUCAACUUUUCAGCGAUUCACCUCAUCCACGAUCCUCAAGAUUUCUCAGAGAAACUCUUAAAGCAGUUGGAAAACUCUAAGGAGCGCUUUGAGGUGAAGAUUAUGAUGAUGGAUCUCAUUUCUCGCCUGGUUGGAAUCCACGAGCUCUUUCUCUUUAAUUUCUACGCCUUCAUCCAGAGGUUUCUUCAGCCCCAUCAGAGAGAAGUGACAAAGAUCCUCCUGUGUGCUGCCCAGGCUUCCCACCAGCUGGUUCCCCCUGAGAUCAUUGAACCAGUGAUUAUGACGAUUGCCAAUAACUUUGUGACCGACAGGAACUCUGGGGAGGCCAUGACAGUCGGCCUUAAUGCCAUCAAGGAGGUGGCAGCUCGCUGUCCCCUCUCCAUCACUGAAGACCUGCUGCAGGACCUAUCCCAGUACAAGACCCACAAGGACAAGAAUGUAAUGAUGUCUGCCAGAGGUCUGAUCCAGCUGUUCAGAAGUCUCAAUCCACAGAUGCUGCACAAAAAGGACCGAGGGAAACCCACCGAGGCGUCAGCAGAGGCCAAAAUAAAAGAUUAUGGUGAGCUCGAGGCCAGAGACUAUAUCCCUGGAGCUGAAGUCCUGGAGGUGGACGAGGAGAAGAAAGAGGGAGAGGAAGAUGAAGAUGGCUGGGAGAGCGCCAGUAUCAGCGACGAUGAUGAGGAUGGAGAAUGGGUGGAUGUCCACCACUCAUCAGAUGAAGAUGCUGGAGAAGUGGCGGAGAAGCUUCAGAGUAUUCCAGCUGAAGAAAGGAAAGCCAAGGCGGCAGCAGUCAGUGGCAGCAGGCUCCUCACGCAGGACGACUUUAAGAAAAUCCGCCUGGCUCAGAUGGCCAAAGAGAUCAGCGCUGCUCCAGGAAAGGGCCAGAAGAGGAAAAUGGUGGAAAGUGAUGACGACGACAAAGGAGAGCUGCUGAUGCUGAGAGAUAUUGAGAAGCUGCAUAAAAAGCCUAAAGCAGACAAGGAGACUCGGCUGGCGACAGCUUUGGCAGGACGAAGUGACCGAAAGGAAUUUGUGAAGAAGCGAACCAAACUGAACCCACACGCCAGCAGCAGCAACAAGGAGAAACGGAGAAAGAAGAACUUCAUGAUGAUGAAACACAGUCAGAACGUCAGGACUAAAGGCAAACGCUCUUUCAGAGAGAAACAGCUUGCUCUCCAGGCUGCCCUCCUGAAGAAAAGGAAGCAGUACAAGUAGAAGUGUGACCCUCAUGCUGUCUACCGGCCUUCACACCCACAACUUUGACUGUGUCAAAUAAAACUGUAUAUUCUUUAAGCUGCUUGUAUGUUUAGCAUCUUACUGUCAUUGUCAGCAAUUAAAGUGGGUGCAUUUACACUCAUUAAAUAAACCAUCAUUAAUAAUUUUGCAGAUA